AUGGCACACUCGCACAACAAACAAACAUCGACAAGCCACGUUCUACAAGGAGGGUCGCCGUGCCGCAAUGGAAAAGCACAUUCCGCAGGUAAUGACGAAGGCGAAACGCAUGGAAAAAAGGCACACAGGUCCUUCUUCAAACAAUUUGCAAUCCUUUUUGUUGUUGCUUGGAUCUGCUUAACGCAUCCAGAUGACUUCGAAACACAGGAAGAACAUGUGGCCAAAUUACGCGUACAUAACAGAGUUCCCCGCAGUUUAGCAAAAAUUAAAGCAAUUGCAUCAGAAAAUGGGCUUGAAUUAGAUCCGAUGGCAUUCGAACACUAUGACGGUGCCUACGACGAUGUCGACGAACCGUAUGCACCAACCUAUCAAUCCCCCCCAAAACGAAUAUAUUCUCGCAACCAAUGGACGACACCAAAAAAACGAUGUUAUAGAGACGGAGCAGGAACUAUUCUAAAAGAAUGGAAAAUAGUGGAGUACGAGGUACCACAACAAGUGCAUUAUGAAAGAAAGUGGAAAAUAGAACAUGAUGCAAGGGGAGAAGAAGUCCAUAACGGCGACGCAUUAUCUGCCGAUGUAGCAGUCGCCGAGUCAAUUGACAAGUCUAGCACAUCGCUUUCGAAGGUUGGUGCACAAGCAUCAUUGCCGCCAUCCCUACAAAAUAAGGCACAAAAUAAAAAAGAAAGUGCAAAAACGAAACAGGCCCCCACAGGAUCAUCGGGAAGGAGCGCAAGCACCGGAAGAACAAAGAAUGGAAGGCAGAAUGAAGCAGUUAACAUCAAAACCGGAAGAGGCUUUAGUAGACGGAAAUUGGCUAAAUAUAUUAUAUAUAGGUACUGCAAGUUCUUCGUUGUGGCUAUUGUCAUUUAUUGUAUAAUAAUCGUUGCUGUUGGCUCGAAGGCAAAAGUGCCGAAGAAAGUUUUGAAUGACAAAAUUUCAGCAGAAGAAGAUGAGAUACGAGUGGGACCGGAGAAAGCCGAAAUACCAGAACCAUCAGAAUUUGACCCUCAUACUGAUAUUGUAUACAUUUUGUAUGAUAUGGCUUAUGAUUUUUUAUAG